AUGGCUGAGAGUAAGCCUGAAACUAUUGAGACCUUGGAAGUGGAGAAAAACCUGAAAGGGAAAAAGCUUUCAUGGGCGAAGCUGCGUCGCAUAGAGUCUCUACAUCUGGAGGCUGGAAGAAUUUCCGGGACGCAUGAUCAUCGUUCCAAGAGUGAUUGGAGGACAACUUUGAUUUUGGCUUUCCAGAGCAUUGGAAUUGUGUAUGGAGAUAUCGGAACCUCUCCACUUUAUGUUUAUGCCAGCACUUUCACGGAUGGCAUAAAAAAUAAUGACGAUAUUCUUGGAGUGUUGUCACUCAUUAUCUACACUAUUGUGCUUUUGCCUUUGACCAAAUAUGUGUUCAUUGUGUUGUGGGCAAAUGACAAUGGAGAUGGUGGAACAUUUGCACUCUAUUCCUUAAUAUGCCGAUAUGCCAAGGUGAGUUUAAUUCCGAAAGAUCAACCUGAGGACAGGCAGCUAUCGAAUUACAGACUUGACACCCCAUCAAGCCAGUUAAAACGAGCUCAGAAAAUAAAAGAGAAGCUUGAGACGAGUACUUACGCGAAAACCGUUCUUUUCCUUGUCACUAUCCUUGGAACUUCCAUGGUGAUCGGAGAUGGAGUUUUGACUCCUUGUAUUUCAGUCCUUUCCGCCGUCAGUGGGAUUCAGUCUGUUGGCACUGAUGCUGUUGUGGGACUUUCCAUAGCAAUCUUGGUAGUGCUGUUCUCUGUUCAAAGAUUUGGAACUGAUAAAGUGGGAUAUUCAUUUGCUCCAAUAGUCUUCACAUGGUUCUGUUUCAUAAGUGGGAUCGGGCUCUACAACUUGAUUACAUAUGACGUUGGUGUGUUACGCGCUUUCAACCCAAAAUACAUCGUAGAUUACUUCAAAAGAAACGGUAGCCAUGGAUGGAUUUCCCUUGGUGGAGUUGUUCUUGCCAUAACAGGCAACGAAGCAAUGUUUGCUGAUCUGGGUCAUUUCAAUGUUCGAGCAAUUCAAAUCAGUUUCUCUGGUAUUGUGUUUCCAGCAAUUCUACUAGCUUAUAUUGGACAAGCGGCUUACCUCAGAAAAUUUCCUGAAGACGUGGCGGACACAUUUUAUAAAUCAUGUCCUCAUCCAAUAUACUGGCCAAUGUUUGUGGUGGCUGUCUGUGCGGCUAUUAUUGCCAGCCAAGCUAUGAUUUCUGGGGCAUUUUCAAUUGUCACUCAAUCGUUGAGUCUGAGUUGUUUCCCCAGAGUUAAAGUUGUUCACACUUCAACCAAGUAUGAGGGACAAGUUUACAUUCCGGAAAUCAACUACGUUCUUAUGAUUGCCUGUGUUAUUGUCUCUGCAGGCUUCAGAACCACAGACAAGAUUGGAAAUGCAUAUGGAAUUGCGGUGGUGACUGUGAUGUUGAUCACAACACUUAUGGUUACAUUGAUAAUGCUUGUGGUAUGGAAGAUAAGUAUCUGGUUAAUUGCUCUUUUCUUCGCGGUGUAUGUGGUGGUUGAAGGGGUUUAUCUGUCAUCUGUUCUCUACAAAUUCAAACAAGGAGGCUAUCUUCCACUGGCAUUUGCAUUAGUCCUGAUGAUUAUUAUGGGAAUAUGGCACUAUGUUCACAGACAAAUAUAUGUUUAUGAGCUCAACAACAAAGUUUCCAGUGAAUACAUCAGAGAUUUGGUUUCGGAUCCGAAAGUAAAUAGAGUUCCUGGAAUGGGACUUAUAUACUCUGAACUUGUCCAAGGCAUUCCUCCGAUUUUCCCUCACUUUCUCGCCAACAUUCCUUCCCUCCAUUCGGUUGUUGUCGUCAUUUCUAUCAAGUCCUUUCCAGUUGGCAAGGUGGCAUUAGACGAACGGUUCUUGUUUCGAUAUGUUGAACCAAAGGAAUACAGGAUGUUUCGUUGUGUUGUUAGAUAUGGAUAUAAUGAUAUUAUUGAGGAAGCUGCUGAGUUUGAGGCUCAAUUGAUCGAUCACCUAAGCGAAUUCAUCCGCCUAGAGCAAUACUUCUUGGAAGCAGGAAAUCCUGAAGCAGUUUCUGAGCCAUUAACCAACCCACAGCAUUCCACUUUGUUGGUUAAUAAUGAAGGGAGAGCAAAAGGAUCAACUGUUCAUAUUGAGGAAUCGCUUCAACAGGCUGCGGCUUCAACUUUGAGCUUUUCUUCGGGUUCAACUAAAUCGUUUAACGCUGUCAAUUCAGUGAAUUCAUCCAACAGGAUCUCUGGUCCACCUCUCCAGGGAGCUGAAGCGGAGAUGCAAUAUGUCCAGAGAGCAAAGGAGAACGGAGUAGUGUAUCUUCUGGGAGGAACAGAAGUUACGGCUAAACAGAACUCAUCUUUUAUCAAAAGGAUGGUUGUCAAUUAUCUUUACGAUUUUAUCAGGAAAAAUUUCAGGGGAAAUGAGAAAAUGUUGGAAAUUCCAAAUAGCAGGCUUGUCAAAGUUGGAAUGACUUAUGAAAUCUGA